CUGCCCCUCCCGACUUCCUCCGCGCGGUCCCGCCCCUUACCCCGGAAGCACUCGGUGCAGGCGGAGGUUUCUGGGCUUCUUCGCUAGAUGCACUUCCUUUUUGUCCGACAUCUUAGGGAGGCGAGGUGGUAGCAGUUGCUCUCCCGGCUUCGCUAUGCCGCCCAAGGAUGACAAGAAGAAGAAAGAUGCCGGAAAGUCGGCCAAGAAAGACAAAGACCCAGUGAACAAGUCUGGGGGCAAGGCCAAAAAGAAGAAGUGGUCCAAAGGCAAAGUUCGGGACAAGCUCAAUAACCUAGUCUUGUUUGACAAAGCAACAUAUGACAAACUCUGUAAAGAAGUUCCCAACUAUAAGCUUAUAACUCCAGCUGUCGUCUCUGAGAGACUGAAGAUUCGUGGCUCCCUGGCCAGGGCAGCCUUGCAGGAGCUGCUUAGUAAAGGACUUAUUAAACUGGUUUCAAAGCACAGAGCUCAAGUAAUUUACACCAGAAAUACUAAGGGUGGAGAUGCUCCAGCUGCUGGUGAAGAUGCAUGAACAGGUCCCACCAGCUGUAUAUUUGGAAAAAUAAAACUUUAUUAAAUCAAAUAAAUGGGCGUGUCUGUUUCCUAAGAAAGGCAGUUACAAAGGAGAAUAGUAGGUAUCGGCUUGUUGAUUUGGUUUUGAGCAUUAUGGUGGUUGAAAAUGUAUUAGGAAACCAUUAACUUUUCUUUUUAUGUGACUGCUGUUUGUUUCUUGCUGCGGCUUCAGUUUUGAAUUGAUGCCUGAAAGGAAAUGAAGGGUUAGCAGGACGAAGGGUGAGAUCUCCAAGGGGGAGUGGGUUGGGGUCCGGACACUGGGCCCAUACCUGGAUUGCCAGCGGCGUCCAUUAUUCCAGACCCGGCCAAAAGAGGGCAGCCAGCCUGCACCGGUACUGGAGUUAUGAUCAAAGUUGGCCCCAACUCUGUCUGGUGGGAGUUUCUUCAAUUUCUGUUUUUCCUCUACAAUAAGCAGUUUUACGUGAGUAGGAAGACUUAAAGAACCCAUCACCAUUUCUGAAUUAGUUAACUUACUUUCUUUGAGAAACUCUUCAUAGGAGGGUCCUAUUGGUUGGUUCCCAGAGCUACAGUCCUCAUCUUGGACCAUCCAGGGAGGUGUGGCACCUGGAAAAGGAAGACCCUUUAAGCAGAAAUGAAAGCACUUAAAAAAAAGUUUUUAACCUUCAGGCUGUUGUGGAACAUAGCUAGCUGUAAGUUCCUACCUAAUUGAAAAUUAUAAAUGUUUGUAAACAAAACCCAGGAAUUCUGGACCAUGGGAAGUUGAGGGGCCUAGGCUAAUUUAAAAGGUGCUGAUACUUAAUAGCUGUAUCAAUACAGCAAUACAUGCCUGAAAAACUACAUACAUUUAAAGUGUGCAAUUUGAAAUGUCUGGGAUGAAAUCACCACCACCAUGUAUCCUUGUGCCCCUUUAAAAUAUUUUCUAGCACACUUCCCUUAUACCCCUCUUCCCAGGCAGCCACUGGUGUGCUUUCUGUUGCUAUAGGUUAGUUUGCGUUUUCCGUAAUGUUGUAUAAAUGGCAUAUAUUAUGUACCCUUGUGUACCUUUUAGCAUAGUUACUUUGAGGUUUUUGUGUUACGCGUGUUUUCAAUCAUUCCUUCGUUAUUGAGUAUUUUUUGAAGUGUUCAUUGGCUGAGGCACAUUGGGAUUUUUUUUCAACUU